AUGAAUCAUAAUACUCCGGUGAACCUGGAGUGUCAGCGGGGAGCCGUAGCGGGACUGCCUGCCAUUGUGGCGGCUGCUAGCGUCUGUCUGUACCUGCUGUCCACGCACCUUCCCCCGGGACCGAAGCACCUGGACUCCGACGGGGAGGACGUGGGAGUCCAGGAGUACAGGUUGAAGUUCCCGUCAGACCUGGACGAGCUGCAAGAGCUCGCCGAGAUGCUCAAGUUCUACAAGAGAGAACAUUACAGCUAUGUUCUGCUGCUGUUCUGCAGCACCUACCUUUAUAAACAGUCCUUCGCCUUACCUGGCUCCUCCUUUCUGAACAUGUUAGCCGGUGCGAUAUUUGGGCCUUGGCAGGGUCUGAUGUUGGCCUGCCUGCUCACCACUUCAGGCUCCACAUUCUGCUUCCUGCUCUCCUCUGUGUUCGGAAAGCAGUAUGUGGUUCAUCUCUUCCCUGAGAAGGUGGCUCUGCUGCAGAGGAAGGUGGAGGAAAAUCGUAGCAGUUUAUUCUUCUUCCUACUUUUCCUUCGUUUCUUCCCCAUGACUCCUAACUGGUUCCUUAACAUCACCUGCCCUGUCCUCAACAUCCCUAUGCCUAUUUUUUUCUUCUCUGUCUUCAUAGGUUUAAUUCCCUACAACUUCAUCUGUGUUCGUACGGGCUCCAUUCUCUCAGAGAUCUCCUCUUUGGACGACAUCUUCUCCUGGGGGACGCUGGCCCAGCUCCUGGCCAUCGCCCUCGCAGCUCUCGUCCCUGGAGCGCUGAUCAAACACUACAGCAAAACCCACCUUAAGGUGGAUGGCGUGGACAGCAAUGGAACCAGUCGAGUUGAAAUCAGCUGGAAGAGGCGGUGAAUCCAGGAGUAACAUGACGUAAAUGGAACUUUGU